AUGAACAAACGAAUCAAUAAUACGAUAAGAAACAAAGACAAUAAUCCCAUAAUCAGACCAGAGUUUCCUCCAAAAAUCAAACCCAAGGAUUUAGUUAUAAGUCCAGAGGACGGUGCUAGCAAACCCCCUAGGUCGCCGAAUGCAUUUAUUAUUUAUCGUAAAAAUUUUGUUGAGGCAGCAAAAACUGGUGGAUACCAUCUUCCAAUGACUACAGUAUCGUCGAUGGCAUCAAAAUCUUGGGAAAAUGAGAGCGAGGAAGUUAGAUCCUAUUACAAAAAACUAGCAAAAGAUGCCUACAACUAUCGUAGUGAGAUGUAUCCGAAAUUGGAGCGUCGAAAAAAGCGUAAGAGAUGGAAUAUCGUUUCUUUCCAACCUCCGACUAACGAAAUUUCACGAGAAUCACCUUCGAAUGCUCAUUCGCCGAGCAUAGCAGAAAGAUCACCCGAGGUGAAUAACGAACAAAUUUCAAAUCAACAUUUUAUUUCCCCCGAGACGGGUAGCUUUUUGUUAACACCGGAUAGACAUUAUGAUCUUUACACGUCAACAUCAUUUGACCCUCGCGAGACUUAUCCAAACUCCGAACUUUCACCGAUAUCGAGUAAUUCAUCACCCGAUCUAUCAAACAAUUCAACCGAUUCAUUUGACUUUGCCAACGGACUCAAUUUUCCGUUUCAAGGUACCUUAAGCCCCGAUUCCGGCGUACCGAAUACCGACGGUUUAGUAAAUCCCGAGAUUCCGCCCAUAAACAUCUACGAAUACAAUCAACCAUUAGAAUUAAACAGCCAAUUCCUAUGGCAAGACCCGAAUUUAAUUCCCAUAUACAAGGACAAUGACAUAUACAUGAAUAAUUUAAUAUUAUUAAAUACAUACGAUUUAAUGUUGAAGAACUCACUGGGGAUUAGUUCAUAUCCACCUGAAUUUAUCAACGACAACCAUGAUCAAUCCAUAUAUAGAGAGAUGGAUUCAUUGUAA